CAUACCGAUAAUGUUAGGAAAUUAAUUUUCAGAAAAUUAAUUGUAUUAACCUGGAAUUAAUACUGGUAUAACUUGCAUGCCUAACAAUGAAUUUUAUUGGCGAUAUGGAGAAUUUUCCGCCUCCAAGUAAUGUUGAAAAUACAUAUAUGCGAAGAAACGUGCCGAGCUGGAAUUUGAAAUGCAAAACUUACGAGAGCUGAAACAUCCGGAAUAUACCAGUGCAAUGCAGAUGCUUGAAGAGCAAUAUAAGACUGAGCUGGAAGCAGAAGAAAUCGCCGACCAGCUGGAAAAGGAACGCAUCGAGGAACAAUAUAAACGAGAAAAGGAAGCGGCGGAGAGAGAACUUGAAGAGCGGUUAACAGAACUUAUGGAAGCCAUGAUUCAAGAAUGUGAAGAACAGAGGAAAAAGAUCGAUCAUGAAUUUCAUAAUUCUGAUAUUUCCAGUGCACCCACAAACGAUUUUCCCAGCAAGAAAAGCCUUCGGAGGCGGCCGAAUGAACCAACGCCCUAUAGCGAAAAGCACAUGCAUUCCAAAACACGUCCGAACAUUGCGGAUGCUCUUACCGAUCAAGAAAUUCAGGAAGAUCUGCUACUGUUAGAAGAAGCUGAAUUGAAAAGCUCAUAG